AUGAUUGAAAAAUAUGAUAAAGAGAACCUUAUACAAUAUCGUAAUCAUGCACUCACAUACAGAAUUGCUGACAAAAUAUUUUCACAGGUACCCAGAAAGUUUACCUGUAAUGUUGAAGGAAAAAUGGGAUAUGAAGAUUUUGUUUAUUUCAUUUUAUCCGAAGAAGAUAAAUCAUCAGAGCCGAUUCUGGAAGACUGGUUCAAGUGUGUAGAUUUAAAUGCAAACGGUGUGAUUACAAGGAAUGAAAUGCAAUUCUUCUAUGAAGAACAGUUGCAUCGAAUGGAAUGCAUGUCCCAAGAGCCUGUUCUUUUUGAAGAUAUUUUGUGUCAAAUAGAGGAAGGGUAUCUUACACUAGGUAUUGUGACUGCUAUUGCUGCUCCUACAAGCAUUAAAGUUGAUUUUGGAGGAAAUGGAGGCCAUGCUCGAGCUGCUUUAAUGCCACAAAGAAAUGAUGCAGGUUUGGCUGCUGCUGAGCUGGCACUAGCUGUGGAAAAACAUGUUCUUGAAUCUGGAUCCAUAGACACUAUUGCAACUAUUGGUAUACUGGAGUUUUAUCCUGUAGCAAUCAACAACAUCCCUAGCAAAGCACACAUGGAAAUAGAUACACGAGACAUUGAUCAAAACCGAAGAAAUAAUAUGAUUGAAAAAAUCCAUGAAUCUUCUCUUUUUUUUGCUAUCUUCUCUCCUUUUUGUUGCUCUUUCGGGUUAAAAUAUAUGCAAGUGAGCUGUAUACCGGAGCCAACAGAACUCCCGCCAGCUGCCAGAGUUUCACUACUGCAAGGUCUGCAGGAUGCUCAGCCCCCGCCAGCUGCAGUUGUUCCUCCAAGUGGACCAAAUUCAAACCCUUUGCAUCUCUUCCCUCAGAGACUUCCUGACAUGGACGCAAAUGGUCCUGCUGGUAACUUGGAUUUUCUUCGUAACAGUGCACAGCACUUCGAGCCAUGGUGCAAGCUAAUCCCCAAAUCUUGCAGGAAUGUUUUGAUUCAGAACAAUUUCAAGGUCAUCAUUCAGAUGAGGUAA